AUGCUUAUCUUCAAUAGUAUCGUUCCACGUUCGACCAUCAUACCUGUUCACAUACCCCUUCUCCAGCUGCUCGACGAAGCGCUCCAGGCUCUUGGGGAAAGCGUCGAGCACGGGAUACGCGGGGUUGGCGAAUGCUGUGGAGUGGAGUGCUUGGACGGAUGUCUUGAGAUUUUGCAGCAUUCCGGGGACGCGGUGGGUGAAGUGUUUUGCGGCGGACAGGUGGGAGAGGAGGGUGGCCACAGCGGAGUGGAUGGCGGAGAGUUGGGGGGAGUAUUGAGAGUAAGGGAGAUGUUUGGGGAGGUCGAUAAAUACAUACUGGAAAAUGUCAUAUACAUAAUCUUUUAA